CUGCCAGUAUACAGUCGCGUGCUCAAAACACGAGAACUGGGAUCACUUUGGUGUAUGUCAGCGUCUCUCCCAGCGGAGUAGAUCGGGAUCUGCAAAGGAGAAAAAGAACGCCGGCAGGACGACGAAUAUCCUUCGCCGGAUUCGGUCGGGUUGCCGAGAUCGGGAGAACUACGGAUUACAAACCGACGAGUCUCAUCACCAGGGGAUUUAAACGGGUCAAGACAAACCUCAAGCUUUGAGAACGAAACGAGAUGGCGGCGGCGCCGGCUGGUGACUCGCAUCCGGCAGACGCCGGAAACAAGUUUGAGGAUCUUUCGGGGAUCCAGGCCAAGCCGGGUGAGAACCCGUACAGCGCUCUCAUCGACGCAUGCCAUGGCUCUCCGGCCAAGAUUCAGGCCCUUUACGCCACCCAUCGUACGACGAGAAACGCCCAGCAGCGGGAGAAGUUUCUGUGCCCCGAGUUCAGCGGGUUGGACAUUGACCCCGUCCUCUUGCGGCUGGAAAAACCCGAGAUUGAGCCCGGGUUCAGAGAUCCCCGCCAUUGCCUCGUCUUCUGGGCGAGGCCGCCGAACCACAUUGUGAAGCUGGCAUGUCACCUGCAGUCGCUGCUGCAAAAAGCGGCGCCAAAUCUCUGGCUCAUGCCACCCCACCGAAUGCACUUGACUACCCUCGAGAUCGCCCACUCGCGAACGGCCCGGGAGAUUGCCGACUUGGUGGCAUUGAUGCGGCCGGUGAUUCCAGCUCUGACUGGCAUGACGAUGCAGCGCCGCUCGCGGCUUGUGAAGCCCAUGAUCUCCUACGACCUCUCUGCCGUGGCAGUCUCCUUCCUGCCGGCUUCGGGGGAGGAGGUGGUGUCACCACCGUCGGACGACAUCGUGGAACUUGACGGUCCCAAAGACGACACGACAAGGGGGGAUCACUACACCUACCACCAUCUGCGGCGAGACGCAUUCGUCUUGGCCUCGGAAACCGUCCCGAUCAGCUCGCGAUAUGUCGUCCCCAGCGCACACAUCACCCUGGGCCGCUACCUCACCCAGGACGACCAUGAGACGCCCGAGCAGCGGGAGCGGUGGGUUCGCACUAUCGAUGACAUCAACAAGUGGCUUGAGAAUGAGGUUUGGGACGUCAAGGACGGAGAGUUCCUCGGCGAGUGGAUCGUCGGCCAGGAACGUGGUCUCGAGGCUCGAUGCGGGACGGUGUGGUAUGGUGGUGGGCGCACCCUCCUGAUGGGAGAAGGCUUCUGAAUCAAGGGUUGAGGACUGAGAAGGCUAGCACGUACUCCUUGUGUGGAGUGCUUCGUGAGUAAACCCCUCGAAGAGGGACCUUCGAGUUGUCUUCUUGAACAGAAGAGUUAAAUAAUGGGUUAGGGUUGUGUGCAACAUUCCAGCAUGCAUGCUUUUCAACUGGUCAGAUCAAUUGCGAAAUAACUUCGAAGUAUUUUUUUUGUAGGCGACUCGUCAAUUGCUCACGGAGACUUCCGUCCAAAGA